CCUUCGUCCAUCUUGCUCGAUCCCCUUUCUACACCCACGGAAAACACACACAGAAAUGGAGGGCGAGAGGCAGCCGGCGGCCGCCGCCGCCGCCGCCUCCAAGGUGCUGGACGACGACGACCUCCUCGCAGAGAUCCUCCUCCGCGUCGCCCUCCCGACCACCCUCCUCCGCGCCGCCCUCGUCUGCAAGCGCUGGCUGGGGCACGCGUCCGGCCGCGCCUUCCUCCGCCGUUUCCGCAAGCGCCACCCGCCCCGCCUCCUCGGCUUCUACGUCGAGGGCGACAGGGACGUCCCGGACGACCCGCCGGCCUUCGUCCCGGUGCUGCCGCAGCCCGCAGAGCUCGCCGCCGCCGUCCGCCGCGCAAGCUUCAGCCUCGACAUCUACAGGGGCCAAUUGGUCCAAAUCCACGACUGCCGUAACGGCAGCGUCUUCGUCCAGGUCGGGAGCGAGGGCAGGGCGGUCAUGAGGGUGCACACCCCGCUGUGCCCCCAGAGAGACGUCGCCUUCAUCCCGCCGCUCCCGCGCCCCGCACUCCGGCCCCGCGGUCUCUGCAGCUUCACGCAGAUCCUCUCCACGGAGGAAAGGGGCGGCCUUUCCUACCACUACCUGUACGUGGAGUCUACCAUGGACAAACCACAAACCAGGCUGCACCUGUAUGCGCUGCAAGACGGUCUCUGGCUCCCGCGGCCUCCCUUGGACAUGCACCAACUCCCUCGUCCACUACUCCAGCCACGACCGGUGCUCGUCGACACAAGAAUUUACAUGCCGGCAGGCCUGCGCGACAUCGUCGUCCUGGAUCUGACGGCCUCGAGUAUCUCCACGAUCCAACUCCCACGGGGCACCAAGCACGACGAGUGCGGCGCCACCAUGCUGGCACGGGCUCACGAUGCUUCCGGCGUGUAUUUCAUCCUCGUCGAGGGGUUUCGGCUUCUCAUCUGGCUCCACAAGGGGGGCAACUGGUUGCUGGUGGACACCAUUUGUUUGCGUGAGAUGUGUCCUGAUUUGAGGGUGCUAGGCUGCACGGCUGAGGAUGAGGACAGCGAUCUUGUCAUAAGACGGGUGGGGAACGAUGCUGAGUUUUUGCUCUUGCAGAUGGGCCGGUGUGCGCUCCACCUGGAUACCAGGUGCAGGACACUGCGUAAGGUGUAUGAGCGGACGGAAGAGAAUCAAUGUUUUGGUGAUAUCCAUCCAUUUAUGAUGGUCUGGCAUCCCACAUUCCCUGCUCUCCGGCGUGAUCAUGCAAGAGAUGCAAUGUGAAGAAGAGAGAUACCAGGAAGCUCAUGGAUGCUAUCUAUGUCGUGAGUGAUCAGGGUGGCAUCAAGGAAGAGCAGUAGUGGGCUGCAUUUUGUAUAGUACGUGAUAGACUGAUAGCAGUUCUAACUGUCUUUAUUAUAACCUUUACUGGAUCAACUAAUUGCUUAAUUAGGAAUCAGGAUGCUAUUGCUAUGUAACUGGAGCACGUACUCCUAUGUGACUCGGAUCUUUGUUAUUUGUUCGUAUAAUACUUCAUGUAUUCUGAGUAGUUAUCUCGUCUGAUC